UAAUUGUUUUUACGCAAACUGGUUCCAACUUCUCAAAUGUUAACAUAUGUUGAUUUAUUAGUCGUCUGUGAUAAAAAGUUGAAUAUCUUUUGGUUGUUCGAAUCUUUGUCAGACAAAAACAAGCAGUUUGAAUACUCUGGGAACUUGUGAUGGGCAUUUCUCCCAAAUUUCUGACAUUUUAUAGACUAAAUUAUUAAUCGAUUAACUGAGAACUGUCAGAUUAAUCCAUAGCCCUAGGUAAUAUGUAAGAGAAUGUGGGGUAAUAGACGCAUAAUGUACAAUUUUUAAUUUCUGCAUUUACAUGCAGUGGAGUGGAUGUUUUGUCUCUUUUGUCUAUAGGAUUUCUUCAUUGAUAGAACCUUUUUAUUAUUUUUGUUCGUGAUUUUCAGCACAAUUUGGCUUUUUAAAUGGUGUGUGGAAAUGCCUGUCCCAGUGCACACAUUGCUGAUUUUUAUUAUUAUACAUACACAGUAGAUGCAUCUUUUUUGAAAGUGUAUGUAGUUUUUCAGUUUCUUUUUUUCCUUCAUCGUGAUUUUCUAUUAUUUUCUAUUUUAUGUUUAGAAAGACAUGUUUUAUGUCUUGGAGUAAUAACUGUUUCCAGCAUGAUUUGUUGUUUGUAAUAGUACCAGUAAUAAUGUACGUUUCUGUGCAUUUUACGUAUAUAUUUAUGCAUACAUAAAGUUUUUUUUCUCAGUUUUUAUGAUUUUAAUUAGUUUAGUUGUCAUUUAUAGUGGUUGAUCUAUUCAGUUUUUAACAUGCAGUGUGCACAUACAAAAUUCUUCUGUAGGACUUAGUAGAGCUUAUGUGUACAUGUGCAUACAUUUAUAAUUUUUGUAAAGAUUGGACAGAGCUAAAUGGAUGUAAUUUUGUUUUUUUUUCUCUUGUAUGUGCAUGUGCGUGCCUACAUUCCCUCACGCCUGACAGCAGACCACAGACUCCGAGGCAGUGACCGGACAUUUCUAGAUAAUUAUCCUGUAAAAGAUAAAGACACACCCGAUUUCACUUCUGUGGACAGAGAGGAGGUAAACACCGUGGAGGAGGUGGUGGUGGUGGUGGUGAUGGUUGAAAGUCAUUUUAAUAAUUUGGAAAUGUCUAUUUCCCCUCCGCUCUGUCUCAGCCUUAGGAUUUGUCUUUUUAGAUCUUAUUCACAGUCCCAGUUUAUGUGUCUGUGUGAGACAGAAAGGGAGAAUUUGAAAAUAACUUUGUCCUGUUUAUUUGGUGGUUCCACCGGAGAUGAUGAGGUCUGAUUCCACCCUCUGCAGCUGUGUGUACACACACACACACACACACACACACACACACACACUGACUCCUCUCAUUUUCUGUCCACUCUCAAUCCAUCUACGCCCGUCCUCCCUGCAGUCCAUCUGUCAUCCCAGACUUCUCUCUCUGAUGACAGUCCUUGCUCUGUUCCACCACUUCUGUCUCUCAGGAAUGUCAUUUUUCAUUUCUGUUGGGUUUAUAUGGUUUUAAGGGCACUCAGCUCCCCUUCAUUCCCUCUUUUUUCUUUUUUUAUCACUCCCUCUCUGUUCUUUCACCUCCUCCUCUUCAUAUUCUCUCACUCGUCUCACCAUUAUCUCUCCAGACAAAACCUCCUAAAGUUGCAGAUGUGCAGAGGAAAGAAAAACAAAAUGGGCAGAGCAUUAAUUCCUGGCAUUUGGGACUCGCCCUUUCGGCCAGGACAAAAUGAACCGCGGUCAGUUUGGUUUGGUCAGUGUUAUUCAUGCCUUUCAAAGUGACCACAAGUACCAGGCCGCUUUGAAGAAAAGAGUACACAAACACGGGCUGGCGCAGGGCACAACCUCACUACUAUAUUUGAGUCAUUUCUUCCCUCCAAAACCUUUUGGUUUAAACACACACAUGCACAGUGUGUUUGCAUUAGGCUCGCUGCAGGGCAAGCUCGGUAAACUAAUGAAUGGCUCAGCGGGAAAUGGUGUUACACAGUGUAAAGCAAAACCUGCCACUUCAGAGCAGAAGUGUUCAAAGUUUUUGUUUAAUGUUAGCUCGACGGCAGACUUACUUUGGAGUAAAAAAUUUGGUGUAUUGCAUUUUGUUGCCUCCAAACCAAAGCUAUUAGAUUUUAGAGCUUUAACAUUGCCAAAUUUAAAAACUAUCCAAAAUAACAACUGUGCUCGGAACUGACAAAAGGUAGUAAAAUGUUAUCAGACAAACUAAAUACAUCAAUAAAUAAUACUAUAAGUUCAAUUAAAAUGGAGUGAAAAUGGAGCAUUUAGCUGGCAAGCUAAUGCUGAAAGCGUUAGCAAGUUAAUGCUGAUUAGAAGUUCACAGACACUAUGCUAAUAUGUUCAUAACAUCUAAAUCUUCAAGUGCAUUUCUCUUUGGAAAUAAGUUUUAGACUUUAUGGUGCCACCUUUCACAUUUGUAGGAUUUAAUGUCUUUUUGCUCACAAUGUCAAAAAACCUUUAAAGUAUUGUAAGUGGUGUUAGCUAGCUAACUUUCUUGGCGUUAGCUUGCCAGCUAAAAUGCUACUGUAGCUACUGUUACAAGAGUUUAUACAGUGAUCCAUAGUAUGUAGUAAAGUAUAUAGAUGAUUAACAUUAUGUGCACUGGAUGUUUUUUAUAAAGAAAGUUGGCUUUAGCUGGGUAGCUAACUGAAAAAGCUAGUGCUCAGUGUGUUUAUCUGCUAUAGUUUCAGGUAAGCUAGUUAGCACACAGUUCUCUCAGUAUCAAGUGUGCUAAGACCCAAAAAAUAGGUAAACUAAGGAGCUGUAAAAUAAAUGGAGCUAGUGAAAACUAAAAUUAAUUAAGUUUUAAUUUAUUUUAUUAAUUAAUAAUUUAAUACAUUAAGUUUUCAUUAAUUUUAUCAACUGAUUGGUUGUAAAUGUUGGUUGUUAAACAGCUUCUUUACAAACUGACGAAGUUAAAGGAAAAUUAUAAAGAUUUAUAUUUUGUUUUACCCUCCAUUUAAAUUAUUUAACUAACAGUAUUAUUUAUUGAUGUAUUCAGUUAUAUUUUUGGCUUGUCUGAUAACAUGUUACUGCCUUUUGUCAGUUUUUGCGCUCCAUACACAGUGACAUUUGUAGAGAAAUUACAUCCACUUUUGGCCCCUAACGAUAGUUGUGAGUAGAGUUGCUAUUAAACAGGGCAUCAGGCCACUUGACGUCUUUCCCGCCAAGCCGCCUGAGACUCGACAUUGAGUAGCUAUGAAAGGAAGCAGUCAUGAGAAGAUGAAAAGAUAGAUGGGUGGAGGUAAGAGGGAGAGAGAGAUGAGGUCUCCCAAAGACCAGAUGAGAUGUAAGCAGCAGAGAGAAGUUUAAAGACUUGAAAGAGUUCGAGAGGCGGAGGCUGGGAGGGAAACUCCCUCCUGGUUAUGAACAACUGUUACACUCUCUAAGCUUCAUACACGGGAUACACUCUCACUGAGCGGCACAGCUCCGCUUUUAGAUGCUCACACACUCCUAACAGGCACUGAGAGUGCGUACAAGACUCUAGAAGAAACCUCUCGCCUCUCCCAAGGAUUACAAUCAGGAAACAAUUUCCUGGAGUUAUCGUUGUUAUAAAUUGGAUCAAGAAAGACAUCUGGAACCCCAGAGACGUGUGGGUGGGAAGCGGUCUUGAAUGGAUGAAUAAGUACUCAAGGAUGACUGGAUAAAAGUUUCCAGCAGCGAUUGCUCCACAGAAGACAAUUCUCAUGAUGUAUCUGGACGAACGUUGACUCACUGCAAAGUGCGAUCUUUACUUCCUCGUGAGGUCAAGGAGGAUUGGGAGCAAACCUGAUGAGACAGCUCUUAAAUUUCUCUCUAAUCUCUGCGGCACCUGCUCAUCACUGAAAUUGCUUUCCAUCCUCCAAGUUUAUAACUUCAAAGCGCAGACCAAUCUUCCAUAGAGGCACUGUUUGUCUAUAUUCAAAACACACUCAGCUUGUAAUUAUGCCCUCACUCUCAUUAUCUCUGUUUCUUCUGCUGCACGACUAAGAGGUGAGGGAGAAGAGGAUCAGAGGGUGAGGAGUUUUUUUUUUUCUUCAAGAUUAGAGAAGGUAGAAGAGGGAGAGAGGAAGGCAAGGGGGGAGGGAGACAUAAACAGAGGCAGUUUAAGGCGGUAAACACGUACCGUCCAGAGCCAGCUCUCUUCUAAACACAUCAGGCAUAAAUCAGCAUUGCAUUUGUCUGUGGUGACUCUGAAACAGGAGGACAAACAGUCAGGGGACAAGCUGGAGCAAGUAGAAACACUGUGGUUGUCAGUCUGGAAACACUGGAGGGAAGAUAAACUGAAGUUAAGAAAUUUGUGCAGCUGAUUAUUUGUGAGACUAAAAAUCUUGAUUUGCAAGCAGUAGAAGAAGAAACAAGAGGAAACCACAGCCAUGGCCUCAGACGUCUCCCACAGCUUCUCUUGUCUUUGCAGCAAGAUGAAUCAGCAGCACACGAGCAAAAGCAGCAGCGGAGUCUUCCAGCAGCAACAGACCAGAUCCACCUCCAGACCCCACCAGCCUCUCCUCCACCCUAGGACCCUGCUCCUCCUGCCCCUGCUGCUCCUGCUCUUUCUCUCCCUGUGGAGCCAGCAGGCCGAGGCCGUGGUCCACUCCAGCUUCAGGCGGCUCAGUGGCCGCGAGAAGAAGGAGAUGCAGAAGGAGAUCCUGUCCAUCUUGGGUCUGCCAGGGCGACCCAGACCCCACCCGCCGCUACGGCCGCCCUCCUCUGCACCGCUCUUCAUGCUGGACCUGUACCACGCCAUGUCGGCUGAUGGAGAGGAUGAAGGGAAUGAAAUUAUUGUAAACGUCCCUGGCAUGGGGAAGUUUGGAGGGGCAGAAAGGUUGGCUCAGGUCAACCACGCAGCCCCGCCCACCCUCAGCACGCACACACCACCACUGGGCACGGUGGUCAGCGAGGCCGACACGGUGAUGAGCUUUGUCAACCUGGUGGAGCAGGAGCGUGACCUCCUGCAGCCUCGUCCGUACUGGAAGGAGUUUCGUUUCGAUCUGACGCCCCUCCCUCAGGGGGAGACGGUGACAGCAGCAGAGUUUCGUAUCUAUAAGACCCUGACGAUGGGCCAGAGGGCAAACCGAACACUGCACAUCUCCGUCUACGAGAUCCAACGAGAGAACAGACACAGAGAGCCAGAGCUGGUGCUGCUGGACAUGCAGUCGGUGCCUGCAGGACAGGAGGGCUGGCUGGCCUUCGACGUCACCUCGGCCUCCAACCACUGGCUCCUCCACCCCCGCAGCAACCUGGGCAUACGUCUCUAUGUGGAGACAGAGGAGGACCGCUCCCUGUCUGCAGGCUGGAUCGGGUUGGUGGGACGCAGGGGCCCUCGCUCCAAACAGCCCUUCAUGGUGACCUUCUUCAGGGAGAGUCAGGUCCCCUGUCGGCCGCCACGAGCUGUCAAGCCACAUCCCCGCAAGAAGAAACCCAAAUACGACCUCCCAGUCCCCAGCAUCCAUAAUCGGAGUCCUGCAAACAGUGGAGGUCAGCCCUGUAAAAAACAUGAACUCUACGUCAGCUUCAGUGACCUGGGAUGGAAGGACUGGGUUUUGGCCCCCACUGGAUAUUCAGCUUACUACUGUGACGGAGAGUGUUUUUAUCCUCUGGGCUCCUGCAUGAACGCCACAAACCACGCCCUCAUCCAACAAGUGGUCCACCUCCUGAAGCCUGACGAGGUUCCUAAGGCCUGUUGCGCCCCCACAAAGCUCAGCCCCAUCUCCGUCCUCUUCUAUGACGACAACAACAACGUCAUCCUCAAGAAACACCGUAACAUGGUGGUUAAGACCUGUGGGUGUCUAUGAAAGUUGAAAAGGUUCCACUUAGUAGCCUGGGACACUGAAGGGAGUCCAGUCCAAAACCAAACUAAUGUACCUGAAUAGUUUCCUCCAGACAUGAACUCUGCAGAAACCUUUGGCACCAGAUAUCUAAUUUAACAGGUCUGUGAUCAUGUGUUUGAGUGCUGAUUUAGGAUCAGUGACUUAAUUGUUUAUAAUCCAUUUUCCAAAUUCAAAGUUUUAAAAUUACAGCAUUUUAUGGGUCUUGGGUCUUUAUGUCCAAAUUGUCAGCUGGGCCUUGGCUCUCAAUAGCUGAAGGUUAUUCUGCUGAAAUGUGAGUCUAUAUGGAUAUACCUGAGAUGUACUGUCAUAAUAGUUAUGAACAUAAGUUUUUUUCCUUAAGUACAGUACCACCCUUUCAAGAGUACAAAUGUUAUUUCAAUACAUUACCUUUUCCCCAAACUGGGAUCUUUUUAUACCUUUCUUAACAGCAACAAACCAUGUGGAAUUUUACAAAUGGUUUCAGAUUUAGUUCAUGGACAGAUUUAAAUGGCAAAUGAUAUUGGAUGGCAGAACGUGCCACUAGUGAUGCCUGUUUUGUUUACAAGAAAUUAAAUGACAGCACUACUAUUGUUGCAACACAACGUCUAUAUGAAGAGAAAAUGUUAAAUUGUAUUGAAUUAAUUAAAAAUAUAUAUACACUUUCUCAUGUCAUUCUCUUAUGGUUAUAGGGACUGAAGAAAACUGGUAACUCAGUGUAAAUAAUACAAUCAAGUUUCAGUCCUGUUUCUCAACCUCAGUAAGUCAUAUUCCACAACUAAUUUACAUCACUCUUCAAUUUUGGUGGUAUGGUGUAUCACCAUAAGGAUUUCUGGAGUAAUGAAAUUUACAUUUAUUUUAGACUUGCUGCAAAUGUGCCAGAGUGAAAAGUUUAGUCGAUCAACAGAAAAAUAAUAGGCAACUAUUUUUAUAAUCGAUUACUCAUUCAAGUCAUUCGUCAAGAACAAAUGUCAACCAUCACCUAGUUCCAGUUUCUUUGUCUUCUGUGAUAUAAACUGAAUAUCUUUGGGUUUUGGACUGUUGGUUGAACAAAACAAUAAGACGUCACUGUGGGUUUUUAGAUUAUUGUCACAGGCUAUUUUCUUUUUUCUGACAUUUUAUAGACCAAAGGUGGGGUAUGCGAUUCUGGAGAAAUCCAAUACCAUGAAACACUACCAUGAUAUAGAGCGAACAAUGCACACAGCAAGUCAGCUAGGUUGUAGGUUAGCAUACUGUUCUACAGUCGCUGCUGCGAAGCUAACAGCCAGAGAGGAUGAGACGGUUUCCCAGAGCAGCACAGCAGCUGCAGACAGCGAUACUCACAACUCUCCUGCUACUAUAGCUAAUAUCACAACAACAGCAUAUCUUGGCAAACUAGAAAGUAAGCUGAAUGUCCGUGGGCAAGUCAUUUAAUGUUACCUGACACACAAAUCAUGUCUGGAAUAGUGAGGUGUGGCUCGGUCUGUUUAGCAUUUACAGAGCCAGCGCUGUGAGGAGAUAUUCGCAGAAUUUGACAAAGACGUGUAUCGGAUUCGAAUCGCAUACCCCACCUUGAAUUGAUGAAUCGUGUAAAUACGUUGCAGCCCUGUUGUGGAUACACACAUACUCUACAUCAAUCACCACAGCCACAUGGUACACCGUAAUGUAAUUAAUAACUGAGUCCAUGUGGGAAUCACAUCUUGUCAUGUACACACAAUCAGCUGAGAAGACCGGUCACAUUAAAUACAUUGUUCAAUUUAUUGAAAAGGGUAAAAAAAAAAAAAAAAAAAAAAAAAAAGUACAGCGAAAGCAAAUUAGUGAAGUUUUGCCUGCUAAUGAAUGAAGAACCAAAAAGAACGGGGAUUAAUCAUUUUGGCAGUUAAUGAACAAAUUUCUUUAGCUCUCAGUCCUUGGGCCGACUUACAAUUUCUUCAAUCAAUGAACAACCAAACUGACAACAGCCGAAAGUAUAAAUGUUAGAGUGGGGUUAGCCAAAAUAAUGGUAUCGAUUAGUUUUCAAAACAAAUCUUGUCCUGGUUUAACUCAAGUGGGACAAAGAUGAUGAUUUUAUUGCCAAGAUUAAGUUGGGAAACAUGGCCGAAGAGGACGACAUUAAAAUAAGUAGAUGGAUUUGCGGG